AUCCCCAUCUCAUCUACCCUUAUCAAAACGUCCCUUUCAUGCACAUGCACAUGUACCCUCCCGCUCUCCGCAGAUAAACCCUUCCCAAGAAAAACCCACUUCAAAAGUCACACAACAUAAACAACAAUGCAUUCCACCACCUCGAAGCGACCCGUCAAACCCUUAGUCCUGCAUCCCGCACGGAUAGCCAGCAUGCCACCCGAAGGCUUCCCCGAUCCUAGUACGGGAGGCAACGUGACGUGGAAAACUCUCAUGUCGAGUGAGAAAUCUGCGACGGAUACUUUCACAGUGGGUAUUGCUACUUGCCCGCCAGGAAGGGUGAUGGCUUGUACGGCUUCCUCUUCUUCCGAGUCAAGGCCUUCGGUACCAUCUCUGUGCAAUCCAGAAUCACUGGGUGAUGCAGGAUUUCUGCAGCUACAUCGACAUUCACACGCGGAGAUCUAUCAUGUAAUAUCCGGGAGCGGAACUGUCUGUAUCGAUCAGCAAGAGUACGAAGUCAAUAAGGGUUCGGUCGUUUUUAUACCGGGUGAUGCGGAACAUGGGAUUUUCAACAAAGGAAACGAGGAUUUGGUAUGGCUGUACGUGUUUGCUGCCGAUGGAUUCGAAGAUAUUGUCUAUCGCUUCAGUGCGGGAGAUGUAAAGGCGAAAUUAUGAGUGCAGAAAGAAGGCUAUUAAUGGUCAUGGUAUGUGCAGGUGACAGAAGAGCAGUAAUUCAAUUUGGGAAAUGAAGAGACAUAAUUGAUUGCUUCAUGAACCUCUCUAGUUCUUGAGAAUACACAGGAUGGCGGCGGUCGUGUCAUCUAAGUCCCUAUAGGCUCUCAUCCUACCCAGAUCAUCGUCGCUGUCAAAGCAAACGUAUCCG